AUGAAUAUUAAUAUAAAUAUAACGGAGUUGAUUGGGGGACAAAAACGCGGCAAACACAACAGAGCCUUUGAGGCAGAGAAGCAGGUGCCCGUCGAUAUGGACUCCGACAUUGGUGAAGAUGCUGAGAAGACGUCGUAAGGGCACAAAAACAGUUUCCUCCUGCUAAGGAAAGCGGCGUCACUGAAAGGCUUUUGCAUGCAACACCGAGACGCAUUGGGGCUGCUUCUGAAGCUGCUUGUUGCGGCAGGCUGGGUUGCCAUGGUGAUCGCGGCCUGCGUGCUGAACUUCCGGCGGGCCGUCGGGCUGCUUGUCAUCUCCUUAUUGGCGCUGUUCUUCCUCGUCUGGGAUUGGACGAUGGGGCGCUAUGGCCACCGGAUAUGGGAGGGGCUUCUUCCUGUCAGGGAGUUGGUCAGCACACACUGGAUACGAGUCAGAUGGCUGAUAUACGCGUGGGUGCUGGUGGGCCUCGUGUGCUGGCUGGUACUGGACACAGCCAAGCAAGGAAAAAGACAACUGGUGUCUUUCUUCGGUCUGCUUCUGCUCAUCUUUCUCAUGAUGAUCUUCUCCAAACAUCCUUUCAGAUGGUCCUGGCAAGCGUUGUUCUGUGGAGUCGGGCUUCAGUUUGUUUUUGGGCUUCUCGUUUUAAGGAACUCCUUUGGUUUAAAAGCGCUGGAGUGGCUCGGCAAAAUUGUGGAGAACUUCACAGGCUACACAGACGUUGGCUCUCGUUUCAUCUUUGGCGACAAUUUCCAGGAGCACUUCUUCAUCUUCAAGGUGAUGCCCAUCUUGAUUUUUCUGAGCACCGUCAUCUCUAUGCUCUACCACCUGGGCUUUAUGCAGUGGCUGGUUAGCAAGAUCGGCUUCAUAAUGCAGGUUACCAUGGGAACGUCUCCCGUCGAAUCAAUGGCCGCAGCUGGAAAUAUCUUUUUGGGGCAGACAGAAACCCCCCUGUUGGUCCGACCCUACAUCAGCGAUCUCACCCUGUCCGAGAUCCACGCCGUGAUGACAGGAGGCUUCGCCAGCAUCGCCGGCACCCUCUUGGGAGUCUUCAUCUCCUUCGGGGUGGAAGCUAGGCACUUGUUGACGGCGUCAUUGAUGUCCGCUCCCGCCUCGCUGGCCAUCUCCAAAGUUUUCUGGCCAGAGACGGAGACACCGAGCACAAAAUUAUGUCACGACGUCAAAAUCCAAGGGGGGAGCACUAACCUGCUGGAGGCAGCGUCGCAAGGGGCCAUCUUCGCAGUGAGCCUGGUGGCCAACGUGGUGGUCAACCUCUUGUCCUUCCUGGCGCUGUUGGCCUUCUUCGACGGCGCCCUGUCCUGGCUGGGCGCCAUGUUUGACUACCCGCAGCUCAGCUUCUCUCUGAUGUGCUCGUACAUUUUUAUGCCCCUGGCGUUGAUCAUGGGAGUUUCGUGGGAGGACAGCUUCGUGGUGGCCGAACUGGUUGGCCUUAAGACUUUCCUCAACGAGUUUGUGGCCUAUCAGAAGCUGUCGACGUUGAUCAAGAGGCGCAAGGGGGGCGGGCCGGAGUACGUCAAUAACGUAAAGCAAUACAUUUCUGUCCACUCUGAAACUAUCGCCACAUACGCUCUGUGCGGCUUCUCCAACAUCGCCUCGCUGGGCUUGUCGAUAGCAGCGAUGGUGUCGAUGGCCCCCGAGAGGGAACGUGACAUCUCCUCUUGUGGCCUGCGAUCCUUGAUCGCAGGCAGCGUUUCCUGCUUCAUGACGGCCUGCGUCGCAGGCAUGCUGUACAUCCCCCAACUGGAGUGCCCGCUCUACCUCAGCAUCGCGUUCAACAGCACCAACGUGACGGCAGCCACACAACUGCUCACCUGCUGCACACAACUCUACAACAGCGUGGCGGUGCGUGAUCCGUGGAACUUCACCCUGAAGGAGGAGUUCAAUGAGAGCAGUAUUCAAGCGUGCUGCGCGCUCACGCCGUCCUCGUCACACUUCAACUGUAGCUGGCUGCUUUAA